ACUUUCUUUUAUUCUGUUCACAGAAAACGCAAAAGUUUCAAUCUUUGGAAAUCGUAAGGAACCAUGAUGAACGGCGGUCGGCACCAAAACAAAUUCGCAUGGAAGCCAAACCUCGGCGUCAAAAUCAACGAAACCGAGGUCGGAGGCCGGUUCCGGCCGCUGUCGGAGAUAACGGGGGUCUGCCAGCGGUGCAAGGAACAGAUCGAGUGGAAGCGCCGUUACGGGAAGUACAAGACCCUGACGGAGCCCGCCAAGUGCCAACGUUGUACCAAACGCGCCGUCCGUCAGUCCCACCAUAAGCUCUGUGCUGCUUGUGCUAAGGAACAGCGUGUUUGUGCGAAGUGUUGCUGUCGUGUCGAGCAAAUUGUCGGAAAAGAUCUUGCGGAAGUGGAGUCUGAGCAGAAGCAGCUUCAAGAGGCGAUCAAAAAUGCAAGAGAAAAAGAUAGGAGGAGUCUGUUGCGUGCGAUGAAUGCUGGAAAAUCUACGGGUGUAGCGAAAGCUGCAAGCGAGAAAGGAGACAAAGCGGGGGACCUGUUCCCGUCUGUGUCACUCGAAGAAUAUGCAGAGGCAAGCAGAGAUGAUGAGGAUGACGAAGGUGAUGAUGGUGAAGGCGAAGAAGAUGAGGCACUGGUUUGCAAUUAAAAAAGGUACCGAGUAGUAUUUCAGUAGCGAACAUGUUGGUUUGGCCAGUUGGCUAUGAUCGUGUAGUGUGUCCAUCCUUUGCACGCAAGUUUGAAAUCGCUUGCAUCUCUUUGUACUAUCAGCGACAAAUUGGGCAAAGAUAUCCUCGUUUCUUCAACACCAUGAAGAAGGUCUUGAAGAAGUUAACUGAUCAACGUCUUUUUUUUUUCGUGUUUCUUUCGUUGUUUUAGUGGUCCACGCAUAAUUUUGUACAAGUGCUUAUGCACAGAAACUUUGAAAUUUUGUUUGUUUUUAAUUAUCAAUGAAGUAGGUCUUGUUUAAUAUUAUCA